AUGCCUAACUUAAAAGUUGAUAACAUUUGUCUUGUGAUCGACAACAACGCUCCACGCGGUCACUGGGCUCUUGCCCGAGUCAUCAAGGAUGUGCCUGGUGGCGACGGAUGGGUUCGGGUGGUCAAGGUUCGAAGAGCAAUUAUGAGUAAAAAAUUCGUCCGUUUUUUUCCUGCGCUGGAUAUCGCAAUGUUGCGGGAAGCUGUGGCGGUAGAUGGUGAUGCAAAUAGAUGGGAAACAAUAGCAGCAGCUCUUAACACUUGGGUGAAAGAGAAAAAGAAGACCAAAGAAGUGGUGGACCAUUUCGGUAUGCUCACAGCAAGAUGUGUAAAAGAGCGAUGUGAGCGCCUGGUAAAGAUGUUUAAAAAAGAGGAGCUAGACUCCAUAAAAUCCUCUGGUACAGCUGAAGAGUACGAUGAAAGAAAACAACUCCUGGGUGAAAUGGUAACCAUGGCUGAUGAGCGGGAAGCGGCUAAAGCGUUACAAGCCGUAACGGAUGCGCCAUCAAAGGAUGAAAAAGAAAAACAGUUGGAGGAAGCCGGAAAAGCGAUUCGGCAAGCUGCAACAGAGGGCAAAACCAAAGGUGCGAAAAGGAGAUCAACAACGUCUUUGACAGACUACCUCGCCGAAAAACUAGGCCAGGAUGCAGAGAUUAAAAAUGAGGAAACUAAGUUAAAGAAGGAGGAAUUGGAACUAAAGAAGGAGGAGCUGAAAUUGCAGGGAGCCAAGUUCGAAAUGGAACGAAAGGAACGGGAGCAAAGAUUGGAAAUGGAGAAAGAAGAAAAACAAGUAUAUAUGCAGAUGAUGCGUGACUGCCUGGCGAAAAAGUGA